UGCAUGACCUCGGCAAUCGUAGAUGUGUUCGAGAUAAUUCAGACUUCCCACGACAGUCUGUGAGAAAACAGAUAACAUUUAGUAGACGGAAUCAUGAGCGAUUUGAAAAUAGCAGUUGUUGGUGCAGGUGUUAUCGGUGUAACUACGGCCCUUGAAAUUCAGAAUAAUAUCAGAAAUGCCCAUGUGAGUAUCAUAGCAGAUAAACUGAAUGAAGACACAACCAGCUGGGUUGCUGCCGGUUUGUUUCGACCUGGGAACAGCUUCGCUGGACCAAACAGAGAAGUGACGCAAAAAUGGAUCAACGACUCAUAUCAUCAUUGGGAGAACAUAAGAGACAGUUCUUACGGUGUCGAAGCUGGUGUAGCGGAAAUAUCUGGAUAUAUAUUUUCUAGUGAACAUCCCAGUAUCGUUCGUAAUCAAUACAUUGAAAAAUUGGUUCCAAUCUAUAGACGAGCAACAGAACAGGAGCUCAGUUUAUGUCCUGGCCAAUGGAAAUACGGUUCUUUUUUCUCCACGAUCAUUACGCAAUCAACCUUAUACUUACCAUGGGCUGUGAGUCGAUUCCAAUCUUCUGGUGGAGAAUUGAUCCAGAAGCACAUCGACAGUUUACAGAGUAUUGGCAACGAAUUUGAUGUCAUUGUGAAUUGUACUGGUCUAGGAGCAAAAUAUCUCUGCGAGGACUACAAAUUAGUUUCUAUCAGAGGACAGGUGAUAAAGAUGCAGGCUCCUUGGAUAAAGACUUUCUUCUAUAACGACUAUGAUACUUACAUUAUUCCAGGAUUCGAUGGACUCACUCUUGGAGGUACUAGACAAUACGAUUCUUACAACAGAAAUAUCGACAAAAAUGAUGGAAUAUCAAUAAGGGAGAGGUGCAUGUCAUUAGUUCCCAGUCUGAAAGGUGGGAAAGAACUGAAGCAGAUGGUGGGACUAAGACCGCAUCGAGACCCUGUGAGAGUUGAAAAGGAAAUUUUGGUUUCGCACGGAAAAUCUAUCAAAGUCGUUCAUAACUACGGCCAUGGAGGUUAUGGAAUUAGCACUGCUCCAGGCACAGCCAUAUACGCGUGUCAACUUGUUAGAGAAUGUCUCAUUGGAAACAGUAAAAUUUAAAACUUUUUGGGAAAAUAAAACAAAUCUUUUUGAGAGUU